AUGGAUCACCAGCCGCCCAGGAGAAACACGAACCCGUUUAUUGACAGUACAGAAGACUCCAUCAAUGGGAGUGACACCCCCAAUGUCCUCCCUGUGGAUUUAAACAGUCAAGAUUUUGGAAUAAAUCAAUGGGGUGUAGGAGUCACUGAAGGGGAUGGUUUCAGUUCCAACGUGGAUUACAACAUGGGUUUGAACUCUGCUGCAAAUGGUUCUGCAAAUGGUGCUUCAAAUGGUGCUACAAAUGGACUUCCCAAUGUUGCUCCUAACGCUGCCCCUAACGCUGCCCCUAACCCAUUUGCUAACGCUACCCCUAACCCAUUUGCUAACACUACGCCUAACCCAUUUACUAACACUACGCCUAACCCAUUUACUAACACUACGCCUAACCCAUUUGCUAACACUACCCCUAACCCAUUUGCUAACACUACGCCUAACCCAUUUGCUAACACUACGCCUAACCCAUUUACUAACACUACCCCUAACCCAUUUACUAACACUACCCCGAACGCUGUUCCCAAUUAUGACUUCAACUACGGAGCCAACUCCGCUGCGCAGUUUGGACAGAACUUCAAUCCCCACAUUGGCGUACCUAGUCACGACCAGGGAAAUAUGACAUCCUACUUAGUGGACAGCACCAUGUUCAACUUCAUCCAAGCAGUGGUGUUGGCUACGACGGCUUUUCUGAGUGCGGUCCGCAUGAACAGACACAUGGUGCAACCAACAAUCACGAAGAAUGAAUUCGAUGUAGCAGUGUUCCACAAUUUCCCCACACAAGAGACGACCCCCAGUGGAGAGAGUGAGAAGGAGGAAGAAAUUUCCUACUCCCCAUUGCACAACGAAGAGAAUAAUGAUCAGAGCGACACACUCCCCUUACACACACACACAGAAGUACACCCGGAGACGAACACUGAGACGAACACUGUGACGAACGCUGAGACGAACACUGUGACAAACGCUGAGACGAACGCUGAGACAAACCCGGAGAUAUACCCUCUGUUGGGUGACGUGGACUAUGAGCAUGAACCCUUCCUCCCAGAUGAAAGUGAAGGAGAUAUUUUCGACGAAGAAGCUGAGGAUUCCCCUGACGAAGGAGAGUAUGAAGUACACGAGGCAGAAAUACAAAACUUAAUGAAUAUUUCUUAUGAUAUUCCUGCAGAUAGGUACCUAACGAACCCAUUCGAUGAGCUAAGCAACCAAGCGGGAGCGAGCAGCGGGGCGCGGAGGAGAACAUAUCAGCCACCAAACUAUGGAGAAGUAUAUGAAGGAGCCCAGUUUGUAGACAAGUAUCAAAUGUCGAAUGUUGGACCUUACUUCAUCAACAACGGUAACAGGUCCCGUAGGAGUGGAAACAGCGAGAGCAAUAAUUAUGGUUACGCGCAUGCACCGUAUGCCGACAUCUUUAGGCACCCGAAUUACGCGAACAUGUAUCGAGCUACUAAUUACGUCAUGGAUUCCUUCCUGAGUGGAACUAAUGAAAAUACCUUGGAAGGUAUCAGAGAUAGUUGUUCACAUAACUCUGCGGAUGAUUCCGGUGGUGCCAAUUAUUCCGGUGGUGCCAAUUAUUCCGGUGGUGCCAAUUAUUCCGGUGGUGCCAAUUAUUCCGGUGAUGACAAUAAUUCCGGUGGUGCCAAUUAUUCCGGUGGUGCCAAUUAUUCCGGUGAUGCCAAUGAUUCCGGUGGUGCCAAUUAUUCCGGUGAUGCCAAUGAUUCCGGUGGUGCCAAUUAUUCCGGUGAUGCCAAUGAUUCCGGUGGUGCCAAUUAUUCCGGUGAUGCCAAUGAUUCCGGUGAUGCCAAUAAUUCCGGUGGUGCCAAUGUUUCCAGUGGCUCUGCAAACAUUGGGGAACAGAAUAUCGACAACGGGUAUGACGAUUCUGAAUUUGCACACACAUAUCAAGGGAACAAUUACGAAAUUACGGACGAGGGAGAAGUGGCGGACCCAUUUGAAAACGUAGGUAUAGAUAACGGAUUCGACUUUGGAAGUUAUGAAAAUGAAGACGCAAAUGGAGGAGAAGCCACCACCACUACUACGGGUUCAACUUCCCAAGGACAUACUGUAGAUGCAGACGGAAUCACCAACGGGGACGUUGAAAUUGAUGAAGGAGAUAAUGGCUUUGGAAACACAGAAAAACACGAACCUUCUUCAGAAAAAACUUUUCUCACAGAACCCGUGAAAAACACUCCCACGCAAAACGAUACUAUUAAUGAUGAUCAUCCAUCUCUUGAAGAAAUUAACGUUGAAGAGAAACAAAACAGUGAAGUGAGCGAACAGAGUCAACCAAUGGGACACCCUUCCAAUGAUGACGAUGAUGAAUUCAGUGAAUAUGAAAAGUACGUAUACACACAAUCUGGCAGGGAGGACCAAAAGAAUUACAAUAACAUAAUGGGAAGCUAUUUGAAGAAAUAUAAAAAGGUAUCAGAGAAUGGCGAAAAUGAAAAGGCGGAAAAUGGAGUUGGCUCAGAUGCUUUUUCCCCACAGGACGAGGAAUCCCCGGAUGACACAUUCCCAGGGGAAGAGAAGUUCAAUGAUGAUUAA